AUGGGCCGCAUCACUACCGACCUUCUUCGGCGUCGCGCGGAGCACAAUGAAGGUUGCCUAAGCAACCUGAAGGAGGUGGCACUGCAUCAGCAGGACAUUGAAAGGAUCGAGCUCAUUGGGGACGCGUGUCGUGAGCUGGAGAUCCUAUACUUGUGCAACAACUACAUUUCCCGCAUCGAGGGCCUACAGCAUCUCAAGUAUCUCAAAUAUUUGAACCUUGCUGUGAACAAUAUUACUUACAUCGAAGGUCUCGAGGGAUGUGAGGCCCUGGAGCGUCUGGAUCUGACGCUGAACUUUGUGGCGGACGUGACAUGCGUGGAGCGCCUGCGGGCGAACGCUUUCCUGGACCAGUUGCAUCUUACUGGAAACCCAUGCACGAAGGUGGCCGGGUACCGUGCCUACGUUGUGCACGCGCUGCCGCAGCUGCGUGAGCUCGAUGGAGAAGAGGUAAUUAAGACAGAGCGGCUGGAGGCGCGUCAAAGCAAAGACGACAUUUCAGUCGCUGUGAAUGAGGAGGCACUGCGACUGCAGGAAGCGGAGCGUAUCAAGUCAGAGAUGGUUGCACGAGGCGUUGACCCCUUUCCGCCACGAUACAACGAGAAGGGUGAGCGUUUAUAUGGCCAUACUCCAGAGGAGCGGCUCCAGAUGCUGCGCGAGAAGGAGGAGGAGGAGAGGCGCAAAAGGGAAGAGCAACGGGAACGUGAGCGGUCUAGUCAGUUCGGCGCGAUACGUGAAGAGUUGGAAAGGAAGCCGCAGCGUCUCACUGCGGAGGAGGAGAUAGCGAAGCACGGGCGGCUUCUGCUGAGAAACGAACCCAAACUCCCCUUCACUCUUGACGAGGAAGCGGAUGAUGGUGAAGCAGUUGUGUUGACAGUGAAGGUACCGAGAUUCCUCUCCACAACGCUAAUUGACGUACAAGUGGAAGUGAACUACAUACGAGUGUUUGUUAAGGAGAAACUCAUCCAGGUUCCGUUAAGCCAAGAGGUUGCUCCCUCGGGUGUUAAUGUACAACGCAGCUCGGUGAAUGGUGAACUGCGAAUUAGGAUACCGUACGCACCACACGUUUUGCAGGAGGUUUCUGAGGCGAGGCGGCGGCGACAGCGGUUGCUUGGUCUUCUGAGUGACGAUAAAAAUGAGGAUGGAACCGGGUGA